AUGACCUCGUCAACGGGACUCAAGGACGACCAACGCACUCAAUCCGAAGUCUCUGAUACGAGCACGACUAGCACGUCGGAGCAACCCACCCAGCAGCAGAAUGCAUCUGAAAAGCUAGCGAACAAGCAGACCAAGACAGCAACAGCAGAAACCGAUUCGAAAUAUGCAGCCGUCGUAAUAGUGGCUUCUCUACUUGUCGUAUUCCUUGUGUCUCUCGACCGCUCAAUCAUAGCCACAGCCAUUCCCCGAAUUACGGACGAGUUCGACAGCCUCAACGACAUCGGCUGGUACGGUAGCGCCUUCCUGCUCACAGCAAGCUGUUUCCAGCUGCUUAUCGGCCGCAUCUACACGUUCUACCCGGCCAAGUAUGUCUUCAUGGUCUGUAUCACGCUUUUCGAGGUCGGCUCUGCUAUAUGUGGUGCUGCACCCAACUCGAAAGCCUUCAUUCUCGGACGAGCAGUUGCUGGUCUCGGGUUGGCUGGAAUUCAGAACGGCGGGAUCGCGAUUGUUAUACCACUCGUUCCGUUGCCAAAGCGGCCUGUCUUUCAGGGUUUCUUCGGCGCCGUGCUAGGCCUUGGGCAGGUUGUUGGGCCGUUGAUCGGGGGAGCGUUAACUUCAGACGUUAGCUGGCGAUGGUGUUUUUACAUCAAUCUCCCUGUUGGCGGGCUUGCAAUUGUUGUGCUGCUCUUCGUUCUUCGACCCGCGCCAGCACCACGACCGGGCUUGGCGGUGAAAGAGCAACUCAAGCAACUCGAUUUACUUGGAGAAUUGUUCCUCUUCCCUAGCAUUGUCUGCCUCCUCUUAGCCCUACAGUGGGGCGGCAGCACCUACAGCUGGAGCAACGGUAGAGUCAUCGCACUUCUAUUCGUCUUCGCCGUCUGCCUCAUCGGUUUUGUUCUGGUCCAAAUCUGCAUGCAAAAGACUGCGACCAUCCCGAAGCGGGUUGUCAAGAACCGCAGCAUCGUCGCGGCGAUGUUUAUGGCUUUUGGCAACGGAGCGUCCUUCACCACGGUCCUAUACUAUGUGCCUGUCUGGUUCCAGGCUAUCAAGAACAACUCAGCCAAAACUUCCGGCGUGCACCUGAUCCCCAUGGUGCUGUCCGUCACUCUGGCAAGCAUCUUCGCCGGCAUCAUGACCAAAAAAAUUGGCUACUACACGCCAUUCGCCAUAGCAGGCGCAUUAUUGAGCUCCAUCGGUACCGGGCUGAUCAGCACCUGGACCGUCGAUACCGGUAUGCCACGCUGGAUCGGCUACCAAGUCGUGUUCGGCCUCGGUGUGGGUAUGGUUCUGCAGCAGCCCAAUCUGACGGCACAGACGGUCUUGGAAGGCAAAGACGUUCAGAUUGGAGUUUCCCUGGUGAUGCUCCAUCAACUUCUCGGCGGGGCGGUCUUCGUGAGCGUAGCACAGGCGGUUCUCGAUUCGAGCCUCAUCCACGGACUGCAGAAGGCCGUCAAAGGAGGCAUUACGCCGGCCAUGGUUGUGGGGACUGGUGCGACCGAACUGCGGAACAUCGUGCCCAAGACAGACCUGCCUUCGGUGCUUGUUGCUUACAACCACGCCAUACGAAACGUCUUCGUUGUCUGCAUUUGCCUGACAUGUCUCUCUUUCGUGGGAGCUGCUACGUUGGAGUGGCGGAGCGUGAAGGGAAAGCAGGGACCGACGACGAAGAAGCCAGACGAAGAGGAAGGUACUGGAGAGAAGAGCGGUGCAAGUUGA